AUCUCCAUUCUAUGCUUCAAGCUCGUAUGCCGAGUCGUCUAAUGAUGCCCCAUAUCGUGAGCGAUUGGAUAUGUUUUAGUCACAAUCAAUCAUACGAGACUCAAUUCUUCUCGUCUGUCGCCGUCUGACAACUUCACCGGACAGAAAAAUCUAUAAAGUGCACUGGGGUUGCUCGUCUCUGCUGAUCCUUCACAUCGCAUUCUCUAUCUCUUCUCAGUCAAGAUCAUACCUACCUCUAUCACCAUGCAGCUCCUUUCCCUCGCCACCAUGGCCGUCCUCGCUGGCGUCGCCGCUGCCAAGAGGAACGUUUACAUGUGCCCUGGACCAAACUGGACGGGCCCCUGCACUCUGUUCGGCUUCGACAAUGGCGAGUGCAUGGAUAUCAGCUUCUGGGAUACCCUGGGCUCUAUCGGACCGGAUGAGGGGUUGGUCUGCUCCAUGUUCGUUGAGCCGGGCAACUGCUACAUGACGACAGGCAACUUCAACUCGGGCGGCUUCGUGAGCCCCGGCAUUGCCGACUUGACGACCUGGCAGAUGGGCAGCGGCGAGAAGUGGCCGGGAUACUGGUUCAGCAACGCCAAGACCGUUCAGUGCUUGUACCAGUAGUCAGCUGGAGUCAUCGUUUCAUUGUCUUUUACUUAGCGUGCACAAAAUCGAAAUGCAUUACCAUUACCGUUUUGGG